AAUGCUGAAAGCUCAUAUUUAAAAGAAUCUGCACAGGGAAUAUUUGAGUUUACUUAACUGUGAAAACGACAGCCAACAAGGAGACUGGAUAAAUCCAGGUCUCAAUAGUGAGGUCUGGAUUAUGUUUCAGUUUCAUUAGCAUGUGGAUAUGUUACUAGGCUUAUAUCAAAAGACUUGUGCUAAUUAUCUAGAGAUGUUCGAAAUCUAUGCUGUUAGCCAUGGAAUUUAAAAGAAACGGCAAUCUUAAAAAAUGCUUAUUUCAUUUACAAGCAUUAAUGAGAGGAGAGAAGGAUUAUAAAAAUAAUGAUACAUUAAUGUACUUCAGGGAAGAAAAUUUGCCAUCAUUACCUACGGUUCCAUACCCACCAAUGUCAUUAAAUCCUAAUUGGGCAAAAUUGGAGACAUUCCAGGCUGGAAGGUAUAUAUCAAAUAUGGACAAAUGUCCACAUUCAGUUAGAAUCUUUUCAAACAACAACAAAAAAAACAAUGAACCACGUGUGAGCCAUUUCUAAUUUCAGGAAGGAAGUACUUGCCUUGGAGUCAGUGCAUCGAAGUCUCACUUGAUCCUUUCUUUGGCCUGUAUGAGAGUUUAGAAGAAUGAAGAAUUAUCCACCAUGAAGUGUACUAGAUUCUGAUGAGGAAUGGUGGCGUAAAUGCUGACCAAUUGUUUCCUGCAGCUGGACAGUUGAAAGGAAAAGGGUGGGACACUAGACUGAGGAAAAUUGCCACAUGUCAUUCUAAACCACAGCCACCAGGACCACCAAGACAGUUUUGCUGCCAAAGUGGAGAAAGAAUUGGCAAUGCUUCCUGCUUUGCUUUUGUGUGGGAGUGUCUCGUCAACCGAGGACCGGACUGAGGUGAGAUGGAAUCUCCGUCACGGAAUAAGGGGUGGAAAUAUUAUGAGAGGCUGGCUUGGAAGUGAGGAAAGACUUCUUCACCGUUGGAAUUCUUUCCUCCAGAGGGUUUUAAAGAGAUAAAGAUAAGCUUUAUUUGUCAAAUCUACAAUAGUGAAAUGUUUCGUUUGCAUCAAAUCAGAUCAGCGAGGAGUAUGCUGAGGGCAGCCCACAAGUGUCGCCACAUAACCAGUGCCAACGUAGCUGGCCCACAGCUUACUGACCUUAAGUGUACAUCCUUGGAAUGUGGGAGGAAACCAGAGCAUCUGGAGGAAACCUACAUGGUCACGGGGCAAAUGUACAACCUCCAGUGACGGAAAUCAAACCCCAAUCAGUGACUGCUGACGCUGUAAGACGGAAGGUGCUGAAACGCUUUGUCGCGUGUCUGGAAGAAGUGAAAACUUUCCUGGGCAGCAAAGGGCUCACCUUUCCUGAGCUGGAACAGCCAGAGUGGCUGGAAAAGCUACACUUCAUGGUAGACAUGACAGUGCACCUGAACACGCUGAACACAGCUCUUCAGGGGAAAGGACGUACAGCCCUGCACAUGUUGGAGGAUGUUUUGGCAUUCGAGCGCAAGUUGACAGUGCUUGCCAGAGAUUUACAGAAAGGCACUUUGUCUCACUUCCCCAAUUUGAGAGAGUUCAAACAAGGUCACGACAUGAUAAUUUCGGAGUAUUUACAUUCUGCAAUCAUCGCAAUGCAAACAUCGUUUGGGAAACGCUUCUGUGAGUUCAGAGAGGAAAAAAACACAUUAUCCUUCCCGGUCACUCCCUUAAGCAUCGAUCCUUCCCUACUGAAUACGACUGCAUUGGCAGGUGUGAGUCAACCUGAUCUUGAGAUGGAACUGGCCGACAUAGCCGACAAAGACAUAUGGGUGUCCAAGUUUAGACGCUUGACAGCAGACCUUGAAGAUGUUGCCCGUCAGAAGGCCGUUCUUGCUCAGAAACACAAAUGGAGUGAUAUUGAAAACCUCACAGAUGACAGCUUGCGAUCCUGUGUAAAGAUGAAGGUGACAUCAUACAGCCCUGAUGUGCAGACGCUGUGCGCUGAGGUCCAGGAGCAGAAAUCCCAUUAA